AUGGUCCAUCUUUCGAUUAGAUUGACGGUGCUGGUGCAAGCAGCGUUGCUUCUGCUGGCUCUGCAAAACGUCGCCGUCCCUGCCGAUGCCUUGAUCGGACGUCGUCGUCCUCAUUUCGCCGAGGGUGCCGAGAUCGCCCCCCAAGUCAUCGACAUUUCAAGCAUUCCCGUUGAGCGCGCCGCUGUAGCCCCGCUCAAGCGUGACGACCUUGCUCUUCGUGACGAUGACACCGACGACGACUGGGACGAGCUCGAGAUCAUCACCGUCUUCCUUCCCGAAGAAGGUGCCGACGACGAUGCCAGUGCACUCGCCAAGCGAGCUGAGCCCACUCGCUGCCCCGCUAACGUCACUCGUAGGAGCGCGGCCAUCCAGACAGCUGCCGCUCACAACAAGCGUGAGCCGCAACCUGAUCCUAAGACCGUGUACAGGACAAGGUACAGAACCAAGACCGUCACAGUGACUAGGACCAUCUAUGAGACUGUGUUCAGGCGAUGCACCCAGUAUGUGCGCCGAGCAACUACCACCUCGUCGAAGAAAAAGACGACAAGCACCAAGAGGAGAUCCACGAUCACGAGCACAAAGAGGAAGACGACGACAAGCUCCAAGAGACCUGUGACCACUGCUGCGGCCGUCAAGAGCACCAGCAGUGUGAGGAGGUCGACGACCACCACCACCGUCAGCACUAGGAGGUCCACUUCGACGACGCCAAAGCCCACGACUUCGUCAACUACUCCCAAGCCCACCACUUCUUCGACCACUCCCAAGCCCACCACUUCUUCGACCACUCCCAAGCCCACCACUUCUUCGACCACGCCCAAGCCAUCGACCUCGUCCACCACUCCCAAGCCAAUGGUCACAACUUCAUCAACCACUUCCUCAAAGCCCUCGAGCACCUCGACCACCUCGACCACCUCGACCACCUCGACGAGCUCCCGAGCUGCUUCCACUUCCACUUCGUCGUCGACCACGUCUUCUACAACCUCUUCGACCACGUCGUCGUCGUCGACCACUUCUAGCACCAUCACUCCUACACCCACCCCCAAGGUGUACAACCUGAUGGCCAACUACCAGGGCAAGAACUUCUACAACAGCAUGUACUUCUUCACUUUCAAGGACCCCACCAACGGUUUGGUCGACUUUGUCGGUCAAUCUGAGGCCUCCUCUCUGGGCUUGAUCAAGACGACCAACGGUGGUCAGGUGUACAUGGGCUACGCCACUACUCGCAUUUACCCUCCCGGACAGUCUCCUCCCGCUUCCACCACCACCUCGACCGCUUCGGCAGCAACCUCCACUUCGAGCGCUCCUAAGCAGCGUCGUCAGGCGUCUUCUUCUUCGCGGUCGUCCUCGUCGUCGGCUACCGCUUCGCGUUCCGGCUCUACGAGCGGCAAUGUCAACGCCCAAGCGGUGACCACCACCUCUUCCUCGUCGAGUUCGACCACUUCGACCACCAGCGCUGCCGCCACCAGCUCUGCCGCACCCAUCCCUUACAUGAAAUCCCUCCGAAUCUCGUCCUUCGACACCUUCACCACUGGUGUCUUCAUCCUCGAUGCUGCGCACAUGCCCGUAGGGUGCGGUAUCUGGCCUGCCUGGUGGACCGUCCCGACCAACCCCGCCGGCGGCUGGCCCAACGGAGGAGAGAUCGACGUGGUCGAGGGAAUCGCCUUUACCUCUCAAAACACCUACUCUGUCCACACCGUCCCCGGAUGCAAGAUCAACUCCACCACCAACUCUCAGGCCGGUACCUACCAGCUGACCAACCUCACCCAAGCCACCAACUGCGCGUCAGCUGAAACCGGCAACCAGGGCUGCGGAGUCCAAUCCUCCCUCCGAAACGACUUUGGUGUCAACUACAACAAUCAAGGCGGCGGAAUCCACGCCAUGGUAUGGGACAAAGACACCGGAAUCAAGUCUUGGUUCUUCCCCCGUGAUCAGGCUCCCGCUGAUAUCGCUGCUGGUCAGCCGGACCCCACCGGUUGGGGUAUGCCCCAGGGCAGCUGGCCAGCCGAUAACUGCGAUCCCAACAAGUACUUCUUCAACCACGUCAGCGUCUUCAGCAACACCAUCUGCGGCGACUGGGCUGGUGACAAGAAGCUUUGGAACAACGCUUACGCGGGUCAGACCCAAAGCUGCGCAAAGAUGACCGGUUAUCCCACUUGCGAGGCGUACGUCCAGAGUCAGGACGUCGACUUCAGUCAGGCGUACUGGCUGAUCAACUCGGUCAAGGUCUACCAGACCAGCAGAACCAAGUAA